AUGGCGUCAAGGUCUUUGAAGACAUUCGCAGGGCAUCGUCAACCAUGGACGUGCGAUCCAUCGCUUGUUCGAUCGCGCCCUUUCUCGUCAUCGUUGUCCCGCAGCAACUCGUCAUCUCCACCUCCAUCCUCACCACCACCGGCACCUCAACCACCUCAACCGCCAAAACAACCACUGUCAGAAGACAUCCUCACGAUCCCCAACCUGCUUACCAUCUCGCGCCUGCUCGCUACUCCUUACAUUGGCUACCUCGUCGCGACACACCAGUUCGUACCCGCGUGCACAUUGCUCUUCCUCGCCUCGAUAACAGACCUGCUCGAUGGCUGGCUCGCGCGCCGCACAGGCAAGUACACCGUGUUCGGAAGUAUCGCCGAUCCCGCUGCCGACAAAGCGCUAGUCACGACCAUGGUGAUCUCGCUCGCUGUCUCCGGUAUGCUCCCCUGGCCGCUAGCCACCGUCAUCCUGGGUCGGGACGUCGCGCUCGUCAUCUCGGCCUUUGUGAUCCGCUAUCGGACGCUCGAGGAGCCCAAGACCCUGGCGCGCUACUUCAAUCCGAGCCUGCCAAGCGCCACUGUGACGCCGACGCAGAUCAGCAAGUACAAUACGUUCUUGCAGCUUCUGCUGUUGGGACUGCUCACGCUGUAUCCCAUCCUGUUCCCGAACCAGCCGUCGCCCAGUCUGUCGUUCAACCAGCCUUCCCCUGCGGCCAAAGCGGAUAGCGAGGAGAAGAAACCACUCUUGAGCCCACAAACCAAGAGCGUGAUCGAUACGGCUAUCACAACACUCAUGUGGAUCACCGCGGCAACCACGGUCUGGUCGGGAGUCGGAUACCUCGGCGGAGCAGGCACGGGUAAGGUGCUCGCUGCAAACGCUGCGAAGAAAGUGCGCAACUCUCUCAAGAAGUCUUCCUCGCCACCACGGUCGUAA